AUGAAAAUGGCCUCAUCAAUAACUAUUCCAAGGCGACUUCCACUGCUAUUAGUCGCUGACAAUGUUUUAUUACCGGGGUCAUCGAUGCGAAUUCCUGUCAGAAGUAUGAAAAACAUGAAUAUGGUGAAAAGUCGAUUGCUGGGGAGGAAUACAUUAAGUAGUACAGUUAUUGGUGUCAUACCAAAACAAGAAAGUACAGAAGAUGAUGAUGGAGAAAUUUCAGGACUUCAUUCAAUAGGCACAGCUGCUGUUGUGGUUCAAAUAACAGGUACUAACUGGCCAAGACCAGCUUAUACCCUACUGGUAACUGGUUUGUGUAGGUUUAAAGUGGAUAAAUUGUUACAGGAAUCACCUUAUCCUGUUGCUACAGUAACACAACUUGAUAAACUUGGAACUGAUGAUAAAGGUAAUGUUUCUGGAGAUGAAGAAUUGAUUACAUUGGCAGAACAUUUCCGUGAACAAGCUUCAAAAUUAGUUGAGAUGUUAGAUGUUUCGAUUCCAGUUGUUGCAAAGUUAAAGAGGAUGUUAGAAAGUUUACCAAGUCAACAUUUACCAGAUGUAUGUGCUGCUAUUGUUAAAGCAUCAUAUACAGAGAAAUUACAAGUUUUAGAUGCUAUAGAUUUAACGGACAGAUUUAAUAAAGCUUUACCAUUACUAGUUAGACAAAUAGAGGGAUUGAAACUACUACAGAAAGCCCGUAAAGAUGGUAAAGUAGAAAUUAUAACGAGAAAAGAAAGUAAUAAAUCUAUCAAUAUGAGACAAUUAUUUCAAAAAUUAAAUACACCAACUCAAGAUGAAGAUGGGGAAGAGAAUGAAGAUGUAGAAGAAAGUCAGGAUAUGGAACAAAAAAUAAAGGAAUGUAAAAUGUCAGAUAUUGCCUAUAAAGCUGCUAUGAAAGAAUUAAAAAGAUUAAAGAAGAUGCCUCAACAUAUGCCUGAACAUGCUAUGAUCAGGAAUUAUUUGGAAUUGAUGACAGAACUUCCGUGGUCUAAAUGUACUAAAGAUGCACUGGACAUCAUACAGGCAAGGAAAGAUAUGGAUGUAGACCAUUAUGGACUUGAUAAAUUAAAGAAGAGAGUAUUAGAAUAUUUAGCUGUACGGCAGUUAAAGAAUUCUCUGAAAGGACCAAUAUUAUGUUUUGUUGGAGCACCUGGUGUUGGUAAAACUAGUUUAGGAAAGUCAAUAUCCAGUACAUUAGGCAGGGAGUUUCACAGAAUAGCUCUAGGUGGAGUGUCUGAUCAAUCUGAUAUAAGAGGACAUCGAAGAACUUAUAUUGGAUCUAUGCCUGGUCGUAUUAUACAAGGUUUAAAAACUGUGGGUGUCAAUAAUCCUGUCUUUCUUUUUGAUGAAAUUGAUAAACUGAGUCGAGGACCACAUGGUGAUCCAGCUGCAGCAUUAUUAGAAGUUCUAGAUCCAGAACAAAAUCAUAGUUUUGUGGAUCACUAUUUGAAUGUUCCAUUUGAUCUAUCACAAGUGUUAUUUAUUGCUACUGCUAACAAUAUGUCAACAAUACCACCAGCUUUAUUAGAUAGAAUGGAGGUGAUACAGAUACCAGGUUAUACUGAGGAAGAAAAAAUACACAUUGCUGUUAGACAUCUUAUACCUAAACAAUUACAAGAACAUGGCUUAACUGAAGAGAAAUUACAAAUUCCUGCUGAUACUGUUAAAAUAAUAGUAUCAAACUAUACCCGGGAAGCUGGAGUAAGAAAGUUAGAAAGACGUUUAGCUGCUAUCUGUAGAGCAGUAGCUGUUAGAGUAGCAGAAGGUAUCUCCAAAACUAAACAUGAGAAAUUAGAAAGUUUAGAAGAGAACAGAAAAGAAAUGUUAAAUAAUAAUAGUUUAUCAGAGAUAGACUCUAAUACAGCAUCUGCUCUAGCUCAUCCACCAGAAAUGCCAAUUGUUAUUGAUGAUGCUGCUCUUGAAGAUAUACUUGGGCCACCUGUGUAUGACAUAGAAACCAAAGAUAGAUUACAGCAACCUGGUGUAGCUAUAGGUUUAGCUUGGACAGCUAUGGGUGGUGAAAUAAUGUUUGUAGAGGCUUCACGUGUUGAAAAUACUGAGAGGGAAGGAAAACUUACUCUCACUGGCCAACUGGGUGAUGUCAUGAAAGAAUCAGCUAAUUUAGCCUUAAACUGGGUCCGAGCUAAUUCAAAAAAGUUACAUUUAAAACUAGAUGGAGAUAUAUUCAAUUGUACUGAUAUACAUAUACAUUUCCCUGCUGGUGCUGUGGGAAAAGAUGGUCCGUCAGCUGGAGUUACCAUAACAACAGUCCUUGUUUCAUUAUUCAGUGGUAAAUGUGUGCGCAAUGAUACAGCUAUGACAGGGGAAAUUACUCUGAGAGGUUUAGUCUUGCCAGUGGGAGGAAUAAAGGAGAAGGUUCUAGCAGCCCAUAGAGCUGGUAUUAAUAGAAUAAUAUUACCAAAAAGAAAUGAGAAAGACUUACACGAAAUUCCUGAUAAUAUUAGGAGAGAUAUUAGUUUUAUAUUUGCCAGUCAACUUGGUGAUGUUCUGAAUGCAGCAUUUAAUGAUGGCUUUCCUGCCCUCAAUGUCCCUGUUAUAACAGACAGUAAAUUGUAA